CUCCAGCGAUCAGUUCAGUUGUUUUUGUUGACGUGUGCAGCACACACCACACCAGACCACUCUGGUAGAGAAAUGCUGCUCCAGAUAUAGGGGAAAAUUCUAGAAAAUAUGGCAGCUAGCGUUGUUAAAACUCCCAAAUGUCCCAGACGAGGAUCGGCCAAAGAGCAGCAGUCCAAGGCCUCACCCAAGUCAAACAAUGAGUCGAACAAUUGGCAUUGGUGGAUCUUACUGGCAUCCGUGUUCCUCAUUACCUUUGCCACUCGCUUCUACAAGGUGACCGAACCGGAUCACAUCUGCUGGGAUGAGACACACUUUGGCAAGAUGGGGAGCUGGUACAUCAAUCGAACAUUCUUCUUCGAUGUCCAUCCACCGCUGGGAAAGAUGCUUAUUGGACUCUCUGGCUACUUGACUGGCUACAAUGGAACGUUUCCGUUUGAGAAGCCGGGGGAUAAAUACAACGAGACCGCCUAUCAGGGCAUGCGAUAUUUCUGUACGACUCUGGGGGCCCUGAUCAUGCCCAUGGGCUUCGAUACUGUCUACGAUCUGACGCGAUCCCACGAAGCGGCCCUGCUCUCGGCAGCCUAUCUCAUAUUUGAUGUGGGACUCCUGACGCUGAAUCAGUACAUCCUGCUGGACCCCAUUCUGCUGUUCUUUAUGAUGGGCUCCGUCUGGGGCAUGGUGAAGAUCUCGAAGGCGACGGCCUCGGGUGGGUCCUACUCGGUCCGCUGGUGGUUCUGGCUCUUCCUCACCGGCACCAUGCUCUCGUGCACGAUCAGUGUGAAGUUUGUGGGUCUGUUUGUGGUGCUGCUGGUGGGUCUGCACACGGCCACCGAGCUGUGGCUGAUCCUGGGCGACCUGGGCCAGCCGAUUGUGGAGACGCUCAAGCAGAUCGCCUGCCGCGCCAUCGCCCUCAUCCUCUGGCCGAUCCUCCUGUACACGCUCUUCUUCUACAUCCAUCUCAGUGUGCUCAAUCGCAGCGGCAAUGGCGACGGCUUCUACAGCUCCGCCUUCCAGUCGCGUCUCAUUGGCAACUCGCUGUACAACGCCAGCAUGCCCAGGGACGUGGCCUACGGGUCCGUGGUGACUAUUAAGAACCACAAGACGGGCGGCGGCUAUCUCCACUCGCACUUCCAUCUCUACCCCAAGGGAUCCGGCGCCCGCCAGCAGCAGAUCACCACCUACACGCACAAGGACGACAACAACAAGUGGGUGAUCAAGCCGCACAACAAGCAGCGGCUGCCCAAGGACAAGCUCCAGCUGCUGCGGCACGGCGAUCUCGUCCGGCUGGAGCAUUUGGUGACCAAGCGGAAUCUGCACUCGCACAGCGAACCGGCGCCCAUGACCAAGAAGCAUCUUCAGGUCACGGGCUAUGGCGAGUCGGGCGUGGGCGACGCCAACGAUGUGUGGCGCGUUCUCAUUGUGGGCGGCAAGGUCAACGAGACGGUGCACACGGUCACCUCCCGCCUGAUGCUGAUCCACUACCUGCAGAACUGCGCCCUCACCUCCAGCGGCAAGCAGCUGCCCAAGUGGGGGUUCGAGCAGCAGGAGGUCUCCUGCAACCUGAACGUUCGCGACAAGUACGCCCACUGGAACGUCGAGGACAACGAGCACAAGUUGUUGCCCAGUGUCAGCUUUAGUGUGUACGCUCCUGGCUUCUUCGCGCGCUUCCUCGAGUCCCAUGCCGUCAUGCUGCAGGGCAACGCGGGCCUCAAGCCCAAGGAAGGCGAGGUCACCAGCAGACCCUGGCAGUGGCCCAUCAACUAUCGGGGUCAGUUCUUCUCUGGCAGCAGCUAUCGCAUCUAUUUGCUGGGCAAUCCCGUGAUUUGGUGGAGCAAUCUGGUAUUUCUUGCCCUCUUCGUGGCCGUCUUCCUGGGCAAUGCCAUCCUGGAGCAGCGACGCGCCGGCCAGGCUCGGGCCCUCGCCCGCUCCCAUGCGGACAGCGAGGACAGCGAACACUCCACCACGGAUGAGCCCCUGUGCACCUGCUGUCCAGUGGAGCAGCAGCUGUUGAGGCGGCCGUGGGAGGACCACAGCGACCCCCUUCGGGCCGCUGCCUGGCUGUUUGUCGGCUGGCUGCUCCACUAUCUGCCGUUCUGGGCGAUGGGGCGGGUGCUCUACUUCCAUCACUACUUCCCGGCGCUGAUCUUCAACUCUCUGCUGACAGGAGUGAUGUUCCACCACAUUAUACAGUCGCUGCCGCGAUGGAUACAGCACGUCCUGCUGGGCGGACUGCUCUCGCUGAUCGCCUACAGCUUCGCCCUGUUCUCGCCCCUGGCCUACGGGAUGAGCGGGCCCCUGGCCAACGAGCCGAACAGCACCAUGCACAGCCUCAAGUGGCUGUCCACCUGGGAGUUCUAGGGCUCUGGGCUCUUGUAUA